UUCAUCCUACCUCCCAGGGCAAAGGCUGGAUACAAAGGAAGGUCCCAGUGUGCCUCACGUGUGGAGACCAAGUUCUCAGGAUCCUUCAUAACAUACUGCACUCCUCAGGAGCCUGGGCUGGGGGUGAGAGGCUGGGGGCUGUGGGGACACUGGUGAGAAGCACGGCACAGACAAGACCACCGUCAGAGCAGAAGCAGGGGAGAGGGAUACUCCUUUCAGCUCACUGUGAUGUGACUAGCUUGCCUCCUUGGUGGCAGGACGGGUCCAGAAUUUCACAGUGGAAACACCACCUGGACACAGGACACACCCCUCAGAGGGAUCCUUUAAGCCUGGAAGCUGAGUCAUGCCAGAGUUGCCUGGCACCUGAUACAAUAUACACCCUUUGCCCAACGACACUGGCAGGAAACAGCAGGGCCUCAUGCAAUACUCUGGCAGAGUCUGUAAAUACCAGCACUUUGAGGAGGAGAAAGGAGUGUGGACAAGAGUCUGAAGAUUGGGCCUAUAGGGAAGAGCCAGCCCAGCCUACAGCGCUGUCCCAGGACAGAGGUUCUUGGUACCUCCCGGUGCUCAGAGCAGACCCUAAAGGAAGCCAAGUCCUUCCUGAGACAGGCAGAUCCAGGAUGGGGAACCCAGGGGAUCGAGUGUCACUGGGGGAGACCUGGAGCAGGGAAGUGCACCCUGACAUAGACAGUGAAAGGCACUCCCCGUCCUUCAGUGUGGAGCGGCUCACCAACAUCCUUGAUGGAGGCAUCCCAAACACUGAGCUGCGGAGAAGAGUUGAAAGCCUCAUCCAACGUGACCCAGUGUUUAAUUUGAAGCAUCUUUACUUCAUGACCCGAGAUGAGCUAUAUGAGGAUGCAGUUCAAAAGAGAUUCCAUCUUGAGAAGCUAGCCUGGAGCCUGGGCUGGUCAGAAGACGGUCCUGAACGCAUUUAUGCUGACAGAGUCCUUGCUGGAUAUAACAACUUAAACUUACAUGGUAUUGCCAUGAAUGCUAUCAGAAGCCUGGGCUCAGAUGAGCAGAUUGCUAAAUGGGGCCAACUCGGCAAAAACUUCCAAAUCAUCACAACAUAUGCCCAGACAGAGCUGGGACAUGGGACAUACCUGCAGGGCCUGGAGACCGAAGCAACCUAUGAUGCAACCACCCAGGAGUUUGUGAUACACAGCCCUACAAUGACUUCCAUCAAGUGGUGGCCUGGGGACUUGGGACGGACAGUCACCCAUGCUGUGGUCCUAGCCCAUUUGAUCUGCUUAGGAGCCCGGCAUGGCAUGCAUGCCUUCAUUGUGCCCAUCCGGAGCCUAGAGGACCACACCCCACUGCCAGGAAUAACAGUUGGGGACAUAGGCCCCAAGAUGGGCUUCGAAAACAUAGACAAUGGCUUCCUGCGACUGAACCACGUGAGGGUUCCCAGAGAGAACAUGCUCAGUCGCUUUGCAGAGGUCUUGCCAGAUGGCACCUACCAGAGGCUUGGGACACCACAGAGCAAUUAUCUUGGCAUGUUGGUGACACGGGUGCAGCUGCUGUAUAAAGGAUUCCUACCCACCCUCCAGAAGGCUUGCACCAUUGCUGUGCGCUACGCAGUAAUCCGCCACCAGUCUCGUCUUCGGCCUAGUGACCCAGAGGCAAAAAUCCUGGAAUACCAGACACAGCAGCAGAAACUCCUGCCUCAGCUUGCUGUGAGCUAUGCCUUGCAUUUCAUGACCACCAGCCUCUUACAAUUCUUCCACAGCUCCUACAGUGAUAUUCUGAAGAGAGACUUCAGCCUCCUGCCUGAGCUCCAUGCACUGAGCACUGGCAUGAAGGCCAUGUCUUCAGACUUCUGUGCCCAGGGAACAGAGAUCUGCCGCAGGGCCUGCGGGGGUCAUGGCUACUCAAAGCUGAGCGGCCUACCGACACUGGUCACUCAAGCGAUAGCCUCUUGCACGUAUGAGGGUGAGAAUACGGUGCUCUACCUGCAAGUGGCCAGGUUUCUGAUGAAGAGCUACCUGCAGGCUCAAGUGUCCCCAGGAUCCAUACCACAGAAGCCUCUCCCUCAGUCCGUCAUGUAUCUCGCCACACCAAGACCAGCCAGGUGCCCAGCCCAGACAGCAGCUGACUUCCGCUGCCCAGAAGUCUAUACCACAGCCUGGGCAUAUGUGUCUGCCAGGCUCAUAAGAGAUGCAACACAGCAUACACAGACCCUCAUGAGAUCCGGGGUUGACCAGUACGAUGCUUGGAACCAGACUUCUGUCAUACACCUUCAGGCUGCUAAGGCUCACUGCUACUUCCUCACUGUGAGGAAUUUCAAGGAAGCUGUGGAGAAACUAGACAACGAACCAGAGAUUCAGCGUGUGCUUCAGAACCUCUGUGACCUCUAUGCCUUAAACGGUAUUCUGACUAACUCAGGGGACUUUCUGCAUGAUGGCUUCCUGUCUGGGGCCCAAGUGGACAUGGCAAGAACAGCCUUCCUAGACCUGCUUCCCUUGAUCCGGAGAACCCUGCCUAUAAGAAGUAUAUUAGACCACUGAUGCAAAGCUGGAAACCCAAGCUGUGAAAAGCCAAAGGAUUCAGGACCAAGCAGCACCAUGGCCUUCCUAUGGCACAUAUGCAUAUAAAGAAUUUAAAGCACGGGGUGGCGUGCGGCUUGUUCAGAUCAGCGAGUAAACUGGUACAUGAAAGGAUGUUCAUCAUAUUAUUCUGCUACUGAGUACAUCUGAAACUUUCCCUUGUCUGUUUGUAGUACGUAUUUGGCUAAAUGCUAGAAUUUUGCUUUAAAUACAGCAAAAGCUAAUAAACUUGUUAGUAACUA